GUAUUUUAAGAAAUCAUGGCACACAGUGUGGUUUCUGUACACCGGGCGUAGUGAUGACCAUGUAUACGCUAUUGCGCAACAAGCCGAACCCAACGAAAGAAGAAAUCAACUCAGCUUUAGAGGGAAUAAUCUGUCGGUGUACGGGAUACAGAUCUGUCUUGGAAGGAUGCUACGAGUUCAGCAAGGAGAACGGUUGUUGUGGAGGUGCCAAAACAAACGGUUGUUGCCGUGGCAUACCUUCGGAAAAUUGUGUAACAGAAAACGUAGUUCCAAACGGCAAAUCGGCUGGGGACAAUUACGAGUCAAGAACAUCGAUGGUGGAAACUCAAGAACCUAUUUUUCCACCCGCAUUACUGACGAACAAAGAGUUUCACUCGAAAACUGUGGUCUUCAGGGGAGAUAACCACACAUGGAUACGACCAACGACAAUGAAACAAAUGUUGGCAUCGAUGGCCCAAUUUCCCACGGCGACAAUAGUGGGCGGCAACACAAAUAUAG